GAAGCUUUCGACUACAUUUAAUGUGACAAAUAGUAGAAAAAAAUAAUACCGAACUCAGAAUUUUGUGGUAUUUACGCGCAGUCCUCAGGAGUAGUCGUAUAGCCAAAAGUGAAUAAUUUUAACUUUUUUUAGUUAUUUUACUUCUUCUCUCUAUAUUAACAAGUAGACGUGUGGCUAGUUAGAGUAUUUUAUUGGAUGUAGUUCUUUGUGUAGUUUGAUUAUUAUUACGCCUUCGAGUGCUUUGUGUCUUAAGUGCUAUCAUAAUGUUUGCUUUACCUCCACAGUAAGCAAAUGCAUUUCGCCCGUAGGCUUAAAAUAGUCUAGAAAAUACAUUCCUGUUAUUUUAACAUAUUCUUUAUUCUGAAAUAGUUUUGCGAAGUGUCCAGUUUAAUUAAAAUAGAUUUUGUUUGACGCACGAUAGACUGUCAUUGUAGUAAUAUAACAAUAUAGAAAUCCGGGUAAGUAAUGUCGUGAGGACAGUAAAUGUGUUAUUUUUUGUUUUAAAUUGUUCUGUUAACUAUCCGUCAUGAGUGCGAUACUAUGCGAUGAUUUCAAUUUAUCUUAUGAGGUUUAAUGAUUUUAACUAGUUUAAAAUUUAUUUGCUUUUGAAUUUGCAGAGCUCAAAAUGUCUCGACGAAUCAGUCCUCUGAAUGAUGAUUUUCACAUAUCGCCACAAAGACAGACAAGAGUACAAAAUUAGAGAUCAAGUACAUCAGUCCGUUAAAAGGUAAGGUUUGCUAAAAAUUUAUGUGUUGUGCAAUAUCGCUCCAUGGAUUGAUAAAGAAUAUAUUAUAUCAUUAAGCCGCCAAGCACCAAGGUUUCUGGAAUCCAUUACUUUUCUUAGCAUUCUCCUUCUUCCAGCAUAGAGUAAAAGGCAAAAUAUUGGCAACAUUAUUUAAAAACUAACCAUGUAAUGUUAUAGUAGCACAUUGGUUAGUUAUUGGCUUUGAGUUGUAUGCAUUUAACAUCACGAGAAAAACCUGUUUCCUGUCACAUUUGUGAUUUGUCUAGUCCAUAUUGAUGUAAUUUUUUUUUUUUUAAGGCCGUGGAGUGUUCACACUUGCUCCAUUCUUGUACGGGGACUUUAUUGUUGAAUAUAGAGGUGAAUUGAUUGAUUUUACUGAGUCAAGCAGAAGAAGGGAAGUCUAUCACAAGUCCUGCACAGUCUUUAUGUUUGACUUUAAAUGGAGUAGUCGGACAUGGUGGUAAGCUGACAAAUAUUUACUAGUUGGUAUCAAUUAGCAAUGUGCUGCAGCUAAAAACAACUUAACCUUUAAAAGCCAUUGUAAAACAGGGGUUAACCUCAAGGUCUAUCAGAUAAUUUAACCAUUGUAAAUGGAAAUAACUGUACACUUGUACUUAUUUUUGCUUUACAGCAUUGAUGCUAGUAUAGAAGAUGGAUCGUUUGGCCGGCUAGUGAACGAUGACCAUCGAAACCCUAAUUGUCGAAUGAAAGUAAUUAAAGUGGAUGGAAGGCCACAUCUGUGUCUUUUUGCAUUAAGAGAUAUAAAAGAGGGAGAAGAAAUAACCUACGAUUAUGGCACAAACGAUUGGCCAUGGAGAGAAAAGGUCUAUUCGCAUUUGACAAAUGACACGACAGCAGACAAGACCGACAAGGAUUCUGGCGAGACCAACCAAAUGGUUACCGAUGAAGAUGACCGUUCGGUAACUUCUGAUUCAGCUGGACAACAGCAUUUGACAAAUGACACGACAGCAGACAAGGCCGACAAGGAUUCUGGCGAGACCAACCAAAUGGUUACAGAUGAAGAUGACCGUUCGGUAACUUCUGAUUCAGCUGGACAACAGGUGUGGAACCUGAGGCAGACAGUGAGGGAGAUGCUACUGAAGCUGUGGAUAACAGACGUGACACUUCUGUCCUCGAUGAGGUCUCAGAGACCAGCAUCAAGGCCGAUGAAGAACCUGAUCAGCUGGAUGAGUCACCAACUGGAAUAAUGGAGAGCCAGCCAAUGUUGGAGACCAUCCAAACUAAUGACCAUCCAGAAGGUUCUGAUGAGGGAUCACACACAUCUACCCCGAAUAUGACAAAACGAUGUGGACAGAAUUCAAGACCUGCAAGGAAAUACACUGUUCCCAUCUGCAGAAGCAAGGGUGGCAGUCUCGGCCGGUACUGCUCAACAGAACAAAAGACUCUCUCUCCAGGAUAGGCUAGCGAUUGAAUUGAGCAAAAGUUAAAAUAUCUUAAGGAACAGCAUGAAAUUAAAAUGAAGAUCCUCCAGUUACAAUUGGAAAUGCAACUGUCUCAAAUGUCUCAAUGUCAGAAACAAAAUAAAUAAAUAUUGUUUUAAUUCAUGUUGGAUGUUAUGGCUGGUUCUGUAUCAUACCAGACAAAAUAUACACUUUAGCUUUUAAAAUACAUUUGCUUUUUGAAUAAGAAAAUGUAUUUUAUCCGUGUAGAAUGAUGAAAGUCUAAAAUGUCUACUUAAAGUGGCACAAUGCAAAGACCUUCUCUGCACUGUUGUUCUCUUCUCUUGGAGGAUCUGGGCAUCCAUGCGUUUCAGACAGUUGUGAAGGACAGCUGUUGCAGUGAUUGCAGUGCAGCAACUGCUUAAUUUGAAAAUGACUCUUCCACACACCAAACGUGCUCUACUAGAUCACUAGUGUGCGUAUGAGCCUGGUUGUAGUGACAUCACUCAGCUGUUGAGAGCAUGAUGUAAACACAAAAUUCUUCUGAGCAUUCCCACUGUCAUCAAGCAAUAUUCCAUUAUGCUCUCCUCUUUCAAGCUGAGUAUACAGAGAUGAUUUAAGGGAAAUUCACAAAUCAUGAGUUGCAUCUUUCUAAUGUGCAAGGAUGUUUGAAAACUAACUAAUCUGUGUGUAGACCUUGGGCAAGUAUGGGAAAAAAGUUUUUGCGGUUCCUAUAUUCCUCAGCAUCUGGAGUAGAGGGAUAUUUUAUGGGAAUAUGAGUUCUGUCUAUGCAGCCUAUGAUUACUGGGAGGUUCCCAUAUUCAUGCAACUGUACCUUGUACUUAGUCUGGGAUGUAGCAUCAGAGAAGAUUAUGUAAUGUGCUCUUAAUUCACACGUGGCCCUGUAUACUCUGUGAAUGACACUACGCCAGUCCCCAGUUUCUUGGUUAAAAUGCGCCACACGCCAAAAACCUUAAAGUUAUAAGCACCUGGACACAAGACGAAACACUUUCUUUCUUUCGCUUCACUUUCCUGUAGUCCUGCUUAAGUUUUUUUAUUUUCAAGCUGAAUUGUUCAGUGUUUCGUGUGUGCUCCAUUUCUUCCAAGCGGCUUGCUAUUACGGCAAAUACUUUUUUAU